AUGCCUGAAGAAUUAAUUGAAUCUAAAACAGUAUAUGAUAUGCCAAUUGAUAUUGGAGAUACACAGCUUCGCAUGAACGGAAAAUGGAGCGAUGUUGAUGACCAUCCAGCGAAACCAGUAAUACUUCCGGAAAGAUUCCACAGAUUUAAAGGAACGAUGGCAGUGCUUAAGAACAUAUAUGUUAAUCGAAAUUCAGGAAUUCUUUUACCUGGAAAGUUUAUAGUUCCAACAAAUGAUACAUGGUAUCAUAACACAAAAGGGCCAAGAUCUGGAAGAGUCAUUGCAACAUAUGAUAAUUGUGUCUGUUUUGGACAUGAUUCAACAAAGCUAUACGGUCAUUGGAUGGUCGAUUAUCUUUCAAUGCUGAUGCUCUUACCGAAGGACGUAGUCGAAACAUAUAAAUUGAUUAAUGUACCAGAAAUGGCUGGUGCACAUGAGACUCUCGACUUUCUGAACGUUCCAAAAGAAAAUAGAAUUCCAUAUCCAUCAUUUUCUCAUCUUUACUUCUUAAGAAGGUGUUAUUACAUGUAUGAUCCACUCACAAUGACAAACCACUAUGGGUUACCUUUGCAAAGAAUAAGAGAUUUCUUACAUGAAAAAUUUCAACUUGAUGGAAUUCAGAAAACAAAAUACUGCUGCUAUCAGAGAAAUGCUAGGAGAAGAAUAAUCAAUUUUGACCAAAUGGUUAACACUCUUAAAGAAAAAUUCCCAGAAUAUAAAUGGGAAUGUAUUGAAGAUCAUCAAUCUUUGACACAAUGUGCAAGAUAUUGGGCUGCUAUAAAACUUAUUAUCAGUGGUAAUGGCUCGCAUUACUUUAGAUGUUUCUGCAUGAAUAAAGGAGCUGUGGCGGUUGAAGUUCAUGGAGUUUUCCAUGAUUUGUCUUGCUUAGGAGCAAUAAUUAUGAGUGGAGUUCACUGCAUUACUCUGAAGAAUCCAGCAUUGGUACAUAAUGUUUGGUGGGGUGGCGGCUCAUAUAAUAUGGAAAUAGAUAAGAUAGUUAAAACUGUUGAAUACUUGAAACCAUACUUGACUGGUGGAAAAUUCCCAAGCGGGCCUUUAGUUUUUUAA